CCGUGGCUCCUGCUCGUUUUAUGUGUCUAUGGGAGUGCAUCAACGCGCUGGAGACUCCCGAUUCAUGCAAAUUCCCAUUCCCUCUCUUCUCCGCUGAGCUCGCCUGUUCUGUUGCUACCGGGGGGGAAACAUCCUUACGCCGCUUUGACCCCUUCACCUGGCUCCGAGGGGGCCCGAAGCUCAGUAUGCAGUAGUGGAACAAAUCGGCGUUCGGACGGUCGGCGUGAAAAUGCCGUCGGAGGUGUAGAGGGCUGAAUAUUCGCCUACUAUCUCGCUGCCCCCACUCUGCGCUGCCAAGCUUGUUGCUUUGCUAAGAGGCCUAAAAACACAAAAUGUCGACCAGAACGCCAUUGCCCACAGUGAAUGAGCGCGACACCGAGAAUCACACGUCGGUCGAUGGCUACCCGGAGCCCCUGGUCCUUCCCUCUAAGUCCACCAGCAGGCAGAGCCUCCCGCGCUGCCGCAACUCCAUCUCCUCGGCCUCGGACGAGCAGCCGCACAUCGGCAACUACCGCCUCCUCAAGACCAUCGGCAAGGGCAACUUCGCCAAGGUGAAGCUGGCGAGGCAUGUGCAGACAGGCCGAGAGGUUGCUGUAAAGAUAAUUGACAAAACGCAGCUGAACCCUACAAGUCUACAAAAGCUUUUUCGGGAAGUGAGGAUAAUGAAGAUCUUGAAUCAUCCUAAUAUAGUUAAGUUAUUUGAAGUCAUUGAAACGGAGAAGACACUUUAUUUAGUCAUGGAGUACGCCAGUGGUGGCGAGGUGUUCGACUACUUGGUGGCACACGGGAGGAUGAAGGAGAAGGAGGCCAGGGCGAAGUUUCGGCAGAUCGUCUCUGCGGUCGAGUAUUGCCAUCAGAAGCGGAUUGUGCACAGGGAUCUCAAGGCAGAGAACUUGCUUCUGGACGCAGACAUGAACAUCAAGAUCGCAGACUUUGGCUUCAGCAACGAGUUCACGAUCGGGAGCAAGCUGGACACGUUCUGCGGCAGCCCGCCUUAUGCCGCACCCGAACUCUUCCAGGGAAAGAAAUACGACGGGCCAGAGGUGGACGUGUGGAGUCUGGGGGUCAUUCUCUACACGCUGGUCAGCGGAUCGCUGCCUUUCGAUGGCCAGAACUUAAAGGAGCUGAGAGAGAGGGUGCUUCGCGGGAAGUACCGGAUCCCCUUCUACAUGUCCACAGACUGUGAAAACCUAUUGAAAAAGCUACUGGUGCUUAACCCUGUCAAGCGAGGCAGCUUGGAACAAAUAAUGAAAGACCGGUGGAUGAACGUGGGCCACGAGGAAGAGGAGCUGAAGCCGUACAGCGAACCUGAGCCCAACUUCAACGACACCAAACGAAUAGAUCUAAUGGUUACAAUGGGAUUCCCGAAAGAUGAGAUCACAGAUUCCUUAGUCAGUCAGAAGUAUGACGAAAUCAUGGCCACGUAUCUCCUACUGGGCAGGAAACCUCCCGAGUUUGAAGGGAGUGAAUCCCUGUCCAGUAGCAACCUUUGUCAAAGGCCGCGACCCAGCAGCGACCUCAACAACAGCUCCAUGCAAUCACCUGCCCACUCCAAGGUCCAGCGCAGCAUAUCAGCCAAUCAGAAGCAGCGGAGAUUCAGCGAUCAUGUUGGCCCCACCAUUCCCCCAGCGGUCUCCUACACCAAGCGGGCCCAGGCCAACAGCGUGGAGAGUGACCAGAAGGAGGACUGGGACAGCUCGCGUAAGCUGGGCGCUUCUGGCUCCAAAGGGGAGAUGCCUGCCUCUCCGCUGGUGGUGUCAGAGCGGAAGAAAUCCUCGGCCUCAGGGAACAGUGCUCUCCCAGGAGGAGGAAUGACCCGCAGGAACACGUAUGUGUGUGAGCGGUCCAGCACGGACCGUUACACAGCCAUCCCCAAUGGCAAGGACAGCAGUCUGACGGAGGUGUCCGUGUGCGCCGGGGGCACCCCUUCAGCGGGGGCAGCGACCGCCAUGCCCUCCACCCGCCCGCGCCACGUCAAGUCCAUGUCUGCCUCAGGACACCCGGCCAAAGCCACGCUCCCGCCCAUUGAGGACAACAGCGAGUACCGGCCUGGCUCGGCCCCCCGUGCCCCCGCCACCUCCCCCUCGGCCCACAGCAUCAGCAGCGCCACGCCCGACCGGACCCGCUUCCCGCGCGGCAGCUCCAGCCGCAGCACCUUCCACGGCGCCCAGCUCCGCGACCGCCGCAGCGCCACCUACAACGGGCCGCCCGCCUCGCCCACGCUGUCCCACGACACGGCCGCGCUCGCCCAGGCGCGCCGCGGCACCUCCACCGGCAUCAUCAGCAAGAUCACCUCCAAGUUCGUCCGCAGGGUUCCGAGCGAGGGUGAGGCCAGUGGCAGGACAGACGCCACCAGGAGCUCCUCCGGAGAGCCCAAGGAGGAGAGCAAGGACUCCAAGCCACGCUCGCUGCGCUUCACCUGGAGCAUGAAGACCACCAGCUCCAUGGAGCCCGGCGACAUGAUGCGCGAGAUCCGCAAGGUGCUGGACGCCAACAACUGCGACUACGAGCAGCGCGAGCGCUUCCUGCUCUUCUGCGUCCACGGCGACGCCCGGCAGGACAACCUGGUCCAGUGGGAGAUGGAGGUGUGCAAGCUGCCCCGCCUCUCGCUGAACGGCGUGCGCUUCAAGCGGAUAUCGGGCACCUCCAUCGCCUUCAAGAACAUCGCGUCCAAAAUCGCCAAUGAGCUGAAGCUGUGAAGUCGGUGCAAUGACGGAGGAAGAGAGGGGGGUGAUGCAAACAGGCCAAUCUGUCAUCGAUGGGAUCGGGGUAGACCCACGGUUGGUGCGCAGCGAUCACCAUGUCGAAUGUACAGGGUACUGGAGUUUGAGGUGACUGCUGUCUUGUUUGGCCAGUGAAGAUGAUUUAAAAAAGGAAAAAAAAAUCUACCUUCCCUUACACUCACUCACCUUUCUCACCCCUCAACAACUACCUGACCGCUUCUGUAAAACCUGUGGUCAGAG